ACAAAACCGGAAGCACGUGUCGGUUACGUCACUGUUGGAAAACCAAAACAACUCAGAUCUCAGCUGUUGUUGUUGUUGUUGUUGUUGUUGUUGUUGUUGUUGCUGUUGUUGUUGUUGUCUCACGCUGUUUGUCGACCUUUUAAAAGCCUCCGCGUCGUCUCGACUCUUCGUGUUCAUGCUCGUCCCGGUACCGGGGGUCCAACCGGAGCUCUAGUUCACCGGGAACUUCACGGUGACGGUAGUUCAGCAGCCAACAUGACUCAACAGAGAGGAGUCAAUAGCCUGCAGUUCAACCAGGACCACAGCUGUUUCUGCUGCGCUAUGGAGACGGGGGUCAGGAUUUACAACGUGGAGCCGCUGAUGGAGAAAGGCCACCUGGACCACGAGCAGGUGGGCAGCGUGGCCGCAUGCUCCAUGUUACAUCGAUCCAACCUGCUGGCCGUAGUUGGAGGAGGAGUCAACCCCAAAUUCUCAGAAAUAUCUGUGCUGGUCUGGGACGACGCUCGGGAGUGUCGGGACCCCAAAGAUAAGCUGGUUCUGGAGUUCACCUUCACCAAACCGGUUCUAGCUGUUCGCAUGAGGCACGACAAGAUCAUUAUCGUAUUAAAGAACAGGAUCUAUGUGUACAGUUUCCCAGAUAAUCCUGUCAAACUGUUUGAGUUUGACACCAGAGACAACCCCAAAGGUUUGUGUGAUUUAUGUCCCAGUCUGGAGAAGCAGCUGCUGGUGUUUCCGGGUCAUAAAUGCGGCAGCCUGCAGCUGGUGGACUUGUCCAACACCAAACCCGGCACGUCAUCGGCCCCUUUUACCAUCAACGCCCACCAGAGCGAGAUCGCCUGCGUGGCGCUGAACCAGCCCGGCAGCGUGGCGGCUUCGGCCUCUCGCAAAGGAACGCUCAUCCGCCUGUUUGACACGACGACCAGAGACAAGCUGGUAGAGCUGCGCAGAGGAACCGACCCGGCCACCCUCUACUGCAUCAACUUCAGCCACGACUCGUCGUUCCUGUGCGCCUCCAGCGAUAAAGGAACAGUUCACAUCUUCGCUCUCAAAGACACCAAACUCAACCGGCGCUCAGCGCUGGCGCGUGUCGGGAAGGUGGGCCCUGUGAUUGGUCAGUACGUGGACAGCCAGUGGUCGUUGGCCAGCUUCACCGUGCCGGCCGAGUGCGCCUGUAUCUGUGCUUUUGGAAAGAACACGUCCAAGAACGUCAACUCGGUCAUUGCCAUAUGUGUGGACGGGACCUUCCACAAGUACGUGUUCACCCCGGACGGGAACUGCAACCGAGAAGCCUUCGACGUGUAUCUGGACAUAUGUGACGACGACGACUUCUGAGGAGCGAUUAGAGGAGGACGAGGAAGAGGAGAGGAGGAGGAGGAAGAGGAAGAGGAGAGGAGGAGGAGGAGGAGACACGAAUGACUGGAGUUAAUGAUGAUUGUUGUGUUGAUGCUGAGGCCUGUUUUAUAAUGGUGUCUGUAAUCACGUAGCAGUGUGAAUAUAAAUACACUUCAACCUGAGAGGAGAAGAGAAGUUCUGUAUUUAUGAGGAGGUUACCUGUUCAAAUCAAACUGAAAUUAAAACUCAUUUUUGAUAAGAAAUCA